UUGCAGGUACACCCCACAAUAAAACAUGACGAAAAGAGCAUCAGCAGCAGUCGCCGCGGCCGCAGCAGCCGCAGCAGCCUCGCAGGAUGUCAACUCCACUUGGGAGCCGCUCAGGCUGACCCACCUGAAGCCCUCCUUCAACAGCCAGGAGCUCGCCCUGGCAGCUCGCCAGGACCUCUGGCACAAGUUCAUCAUCUUCGACGCGGGUAAUUACGAAAACGAAGCAGUGAUGGACGCCAUGAUCUCCGCGUGUCGCCCGGAGGUUCUCCUCCCAGUGAUGUACAAAAUCGAGGACAUUCGCAACGGCACAUUCCUCUCGAAAUGCAGCAUAGCAGUGAUAGAGUCCCUGGUCCGCCAGGGCCUCCAAAUCUGCCUCCCCGACAAUAGAAUACUGAAGAUGGACAUUGUCCUGGGGUUCAUAAGCAUGAACGAGCUGCAGAUAAACCCCCACAAGAUGAUCACCGAGGUCCUGGUGAGCAGGUGGGACUCCCUGAAGAAGGUCCUCAACCUGGACAACUUCAAGACCGACAAGGGCCUGGGGUCCAUGUACUGUCCCCUGUCCCUGCCGACAGUCUUCGUCUUCGUGCUGAGGUGCGCGAGAAUGAGAAUUGGAAACUCUCGGGAGAAAUUCGAGAACACUCGACUCCCAGUUCGCGAGCUCAACCUCAAGAACAACAAGCUGUCAGGGGUGAUGCUGUACGAAAAGGCCCUCAACUACACUUUAACAAAACUCGAUCUGAGCUACAAUAAAAUUGAGAACGUAGAGUUCCUCAGAUACUUCUCAGAAUUCAAGAUCACUGAACUGUGGCUCGAUGGGAAUCCCCUGUGCACCAUCUACAAGUCCCCGGAGGAGUACAUUCAAGCCGUUCGCAAGGUAUUUCCACACGUUCAGAAGCUGGAUGGAGUCAUAAUUGAUAUUGAGCAGAAGCAGGCAAUACCGGUGACCCAGCCCUGCUUCCUCCUCGAUAAUUCGCGAUUGAGUCUGGUGAAGCAAUUCGUCAGGCAUUAUUUCACUCUGUUCGAUCAGAAGGAUCGAAGUGUUCUCAACGGUUUGUACGAUGCUAAUGCUUAUUUUUCUACUACUGUUGGACACAUCGCGAACCCUCGGCAUCGACAGCUGACGAAGAUCAUGGCGAUCAACAGGAAUUUUCUGAAGCUCGUGGACUACUCCAGGGGGUACAAGUACCUGCUCCAAGGGCCUGACCAGAUUAUCAAUACUUUGAGGCGUUUACCACCCACUUAUCAUGAUUACAAGUCCUUUUCUAUUGAUCUGAUGCAUCAGGGGGAUCACCAUCUGGCUGUAUCGAUCCAUGGGGCAUUCUUCUAUCGAGAGUUUCCCAUUUCUCUCAUGUUCUCCAGGACUUUUAUCAUUAUUGAGAAGGAUGAUAAUGAGUACAGGAUUGUGAAUGAUCAGUAUCACAUUCAGAGCGGAAACUCGACGGUGGUGGAGAACAACGACUCGAAAUUGAACUUGAAUAGUGUACCGUCGUUCGAGCCCACGUAUCUCAGUGCUAAUGAGAAGGACGAUCUUCUUAAAUUCUUGUGCAAUGUCACUACGAUGAAUGCACAGUUUUCAGAGCAGUUUUUGGAGAAGAAUAAUUGGGAUCUGCGAGCUGCUAUUGUUGCGUUCAAGAAGGCUUACACUGUCAAUGAUGUACCUCCUGAGGCCUUCAAACAGGGUUACGGAUAUUGAAUGGGAUUUAAUUUAAUCACAUGAGGUGGUGAAACUUUGCGCAAUGUUUAAGAUCGAUUUGAUGAAGAAUAUUCCGUUAAAACCACGGCCUAGUGAAAUGUAACUAUUUUUUAUUUCGAAAGCAUCCAACGUGAUGAAUGACAAUUUUUUAUUAAUUUUUCAUCAUUUUUUUUGAAAUUUAUCGUUGAGGCGUUAUUUUGAAAUCGUAGAAUGUGACAAAUGAAAUGAUCAUUAAUUGAUUUCAUCUUAAAAAAUGCCGUUUAAAAUAAUUUGUGUUUUUAUUUCGUCAGAUAUGGUUGGUAAGAUGAUCUUGAAUUUUUGUGCAGUUUCACUACAUGACGGCAUAGAAGUAGUAGUUAAGUAAUAAAGUAGUUUUUGGAGAAGAAUAAUUGGAGUCUGCGAGCUUCUAUUAUUUCUUUCAAGGAAGCUUACAGUGUCAAUGAUGUACCUCCUGAGGCCUUCGACAGGGUUACGGAUAUUGAAUGGGAUUUAAUUUAAUGACAUGAAGUGGUGAAGCUUUGCACAAUGUUUAAGAUCGAUUUGAUGUAGAAUAUGUCGUUAAAACCAGAGUUUGGUGAAAUAUGAUUUCAAUUUAUCAUUGAAAUAUUCAUAACCAUUUGGUAUGUUGAAAGCAUCCAACAUGAUGAAUGAAUUAAUUUGAUUCAGUCGAUCAUAGAAUAUUUAUCACUUAGUCGUUAUUUUGAAAUCGUCGGAUGUGACAAAUGAAAUCAGUAGCGAAGUGGUAAAACGGUUUAAGUCUAUUUUGACAAUUUGCCAGUUUUCAAUGAAUAUCUCAGAAUCGAAGGGACAUAGCGAAAGUUUUGACACGACCUUUUCUAUAGCACUCAAUUCUCUCUACAAAAAAGGUCAUUACAAAAAUUUAGUUAUCUGCCUUAGAUUCGGAGAUAUUCCUCGAAAACUCAGAUGCGAGCUAAGUCGAAUUGAACCAUUUUACCACUUCGCUACUGAAAUCUUUAUCAAUUGGUUCUUAAUUUUAUCUUACAAAAAUGCAAUUUGGUAUAAUUUCUGUUUUUAUUUCGUGUUUUUAUUUUCGUCAUAAGGAUGAUCUUGAAUUUUUGUGCAGGUUCACUACAUGAAGGAACAAACUUAAGAGUAGUUUUUGGAGAAGAAUACACUGUUAAUGAUGUACCUACCUCCUGAGGCCUUCAAACAGGGUUACGGAUAUUGAAUGGGAUUUAAUUUAAUGACAUGAAGUGGUGAAACUUUGCGCAAUGUUUAAGAUCGAUUUGAUAAAGAAUAUUUCGUUAAAACCACAGUUUGUUGAAAUAUGAUUUCAAUCUACCAUUGAAAUAUUCAUAACUAUUUGUUAUUUUGAAAGCAUCGAACGUGACGAAUGAAAUGAUUUUUUAUUAAUUUGAUUCAGUCGAUCAUAGAAUAUUUAUGAUUGGGAUAUUUGUGAUUAUAGUCAAUGCGACAAAUGAAAUAAUCCUUAAUUGAUUUGAUCUAAAAAAUGCUAUUUAGAAUAAUUUCUGUUUUUAUUUAGUGGUUUCUUUCUCGUCGUAAGGAUGAUCUUGAAUUUUUGUGCAGUUUCAUUGCAUGAAGAUGCAGUGUUAAGAGCAGUUUUGUGGAGAAGAAUAAUUGAAGUCUGCGCGCUGCUAUUAUUGCCUUCAAGAACGCUUCCACUGUCAGUGAUAUAUUCCCUGAGGUUUUCAAAUCGAUUGACUGUUUGAAGGAAAUAAAUUCCAAUCACAUGAAAGGGUGAUACUUUGUACAAUAUUUAAGAUUGAUUUGACGUGGAAUAUUUCAUCAAAACCAGAGCUUGGUGAAAUAUUCAUUACUGUUUAUUAUUUUGACAUAAUUUUUUGUCAAUUUAAUUCAACUGUAUAAUAUUCCUGGGUGUAGUCAAUAUAUUCUAAUGGAUUGCUUAUUUUUGAGCCAUGAAACGCGACCAAUGAGAUAAUAACCAAUUAACUGAUAUUAAAUGAGACGAAAAUUGUAAUUGUAAUUCAACGUUGUGAUUGUAAUUUCAAAUAGGGGCAAGUUCGAGUAAAUGAACUUUUGACGUUUUUGUAGUAGUUGUAAAAAGACAUAGCUGAAUUUUCGAGUAAUAUCUCUGAUUAUAAGAGGAAUAACGAGAUUUUCAUAAUCAUGAUGUUUGUAGCUCUACUUUUGCUCUACAAAAGACUUGAUAUUUAACUACUAUUUUAGGUACGAUUAUUUCUCGAAAACUCAACUAGGUGAUAAGCCCAUUCACUGUCUAGUUUAAUUAUAACUGAAAAUUGUAUAUUUUGAUGCAAUAAUUAUCUCAUCUUAUCAAAACCUGGAUGGAUUAUUAACGUGAAAAAACGAAGUGUUUAUUUCGCCCCACUCUUGCCUAAGAAGCGUAUUUAUAAUUCCUUCAGGUUUCCCUUUUGGAAAUCCUGAAUUACCUGUACAUAUAUGUAUUGAAUAAAACUCAAUUUUCUACCAGUGA